AUGUCGGACGACGAGUUCACCGGCCCUGACGGCCCAUCCGGCGCCGCCGGAGGUGAUCGCGACAAGCGCGCACCGCGCUUCAGCUGGACUCCCGCCUACGAGGCCACCUUCUUCCGCUCCCUCUGCGAUUCUGUCCAGCUGGGCCUUCGCGAGAACCACUCUUUCAAGGCUGAUGCCUGGGAUCGCGCUGCUACCGCCUUGCGCGAGAAACAUGGCGCAUACCCCACAAAGAGCCAUCUCGUAAACAAGUCCGACAACGCGCGCAAAAAGUUUCGCCUCUGGCGCGGCUUGCGCGAAGACCCCGAGUUCCUCUACAACCCGACCACGAGAACUGUCACCGCCUCCGAGGAGGCCUGGAAAGCGCAUAUCGAAAAAGAGCCGUUGUCGCGCGCACUACGAGGGCGCCCCUUCGAGCAUGAGCAGUACAUGGAAAUCCUUUAUCCGGAUGUCGUUGGUUCCGGUGGCGCUCCGAAGCGCAUCAUGAAGCCGAAGCGCAAAGGACCCGACGUGAUCCAGGGCUCCGAGGAUCCGGAUAUGCCGGGUACCGCCGUCCUGGAUCUCCAGGUCGACCCGCCAUAUCGCCCGCCUUCACAGUCCGGCGUGAACCAACAGCCGGCGCAGUCCCGCGGCUCCGUCAGCCAAACCCCCGCAGCAAACAUCCACCAGCCCAUGAUACCCCAACAGCAAACACAGCAACCACAACAAAGACCCACAUCCACGACCAUCCCGCCUAGGACGCACAUCGCAGGCACCAGCGCCCUCACGCCACCCGAGGAGACGGCGACGGGACGCAAGCGAUUCCCCCAACAUGCCCCGACAACCGACAAGGCCCCGACGGCGCAAAUGGGCCACCCUACGGCGCAGCCGGUGGAGAAGCGGCGCCGCAUUUCUGGCUAUGCCAACCCCGCCCAGGCCUCCGCCUCGGCGUCAUCGUCUGCAAGCAACCUGGACGCGACGACGGCCUCGAUGAUGAAUGUUGGCAAGCAGCUACUCGAGGAUGGGCUGGUCAAGAUCGCCGACGCCAUCCGGGGCCCAACCAGAUAUCCCGAGCAAGCCAUUGAUAUUUUCUUCCGUGACUUUUCCGAUGAGGAUAUGGAUCUCCAGCUUAAGAUUGCAGAGAAGGCUCUCACGGAUGACAACAAGGCCAUGAUCUUCUGCAAGAUGCCUCCGCCGCUGCGCAACCACUGGGUGAAGCGACUGAGAGAGCUGCACAACAACCGACCCAACGCAUGA